CUGGUUCUGGUGGUGCUGGACAAAAACCAACCAACGAGUGUGACCUUUCGUCUUUUUACGAUGGGAAGAAACGGACGCACUGCAUUUCCCCAAAGUAAAGGAAUAACUCACCAGUAACGGAUCGAUCAACUAAACUGGAUCCUACUGCGGGCAUCGAUUCGCGGAUCUGACCGGUCACCUACAGACACUCAACAACACCCUCAAAGGGAGAAGAUGCCGUUCCACCAUGUGACGGCAGGCCUGCUCUACAAGGGGAACUACCUGAGCCGCUCGCUCUCAGACAGUGACAGCGACGUGCUGGCCAGCAUCUCUGUGGAGGAGCUCGAUGAGAUCCGGGAGGCGUUUAAAGUGCUGGAUCGCGACGGAAACGGGUUCAUUUCCAAACAGGAGCUGGGUAUGGCCAUGCGUUCGCUGGGUUACAUGCCCAGUGAGGUAGAGCUGGCCAUCAUCAUGCAGAGACUAGACAUGGAUGGUGAUGGACAGGUUGACUUCGAUGAGUUCAUGACAAUCCUUGGACCCAAACUCCUGUCAUCUGAAACGAGAGAAGGCUUCCUGGGCAGCACAAUAGAUACCAUCUUCUGGCAGUUCGACAUGCAGAGGAUUACCCUGGAGGAGCUGAAACACAUCCUGUUCUACGCCUUCCGCGACCACCUGACCAUGAAGGACAUCGAGAACAUCAUCAUCAACGAGGAGGAGAGCCUGAAGGAAAACUCUGGGAACUGUCAGACAGAGUUUGAGGGAGUUCACCCCUCAAAGAAGAACCGUCAGACGUGUGUGAGGAAGAGCCUCAUCUGCGCCUUUGCCAUGGCAUUCAUCAUCAGCGUCAUGCUCAUCGCAGCCAAUCAGAUGCUGAGGAACGGCAUGGAGUAGCCGCGCUCACUGUGAGCGGGGGACGAGCCAGCCUGCAUGUGCAUGCCAGUGGGUGAGGUCGUAUCCCCGCUGAUAGGAAAGGAGCUACAAGGAGUGACACUGAAAACAACGAUCAACAAAAUCCAUUUUUAAAAUUACUCUAAUAAGCAGCACCUCUCCACCCGACGUCCAAUGAAUCCGUGAAGCCAGCAUGAGGGGUCAUGCAGGACUCCUCCCAUUUUACUCUGACAGGGACAUUCAAGGGCUGACAUUACACAUAAUACUCCAUCAUCUCUGUUUCCCUGAUGCAAUUUAAAACAAUUUAUUAAGAAAAAAAAACAGCAGAAAAACAUUGAGUGCAGGAGCUCAGAGCUGCUCGCUUUUCCAGCCAGGUGUGAGAUGUUUGUGUCUGCAGACAUGUCACCCACCAGGAGUCUGAUGGGCGACCAGGGCUGCAGUCUGAGCCCCGAUAGGUAACGAGAGGAAGGGGUCAACGGCCCUCUUAUUAUAGUUCCUGGUAGGAUGAAGGCAGAGCUCGCCACCACUCAAGCAGCAGGACCCAUAAGUGUCAGGCCAGGGCUCCCUUGAGCUCUUGUGGUGCUCCCCAACUUUUUGUUUUCAACUACUGCGUCUGGGGGCUGGUAUGAGGGGCUGGCAUCAGUUCAUCAGGCCUACAAACGAGGCAGUCAAGAGAGUCAGAUGUUAAAUGGUGACUCCAGGCUUGGGUUUUGGCUUUGUGAUAUUCAUGAAUGGAUACAGUGGCUCUGAAGGUUUGCUUUUGGGUCUUCUGUCUCUUGGAUAGUUUUGGGUGAACACUGUUCAAAGUGCAAAGAAGAGGUUUCCAUCUUAUUAAAGGCAAAAAAAAAAAAAAAUUCCACCCUCCAGUACUCUCUCGCUGUUAUAUAUCAUCUAACUGUGGUGCUCAGUGCGUUACAGGAGUUACUUUGCAAGGUGAUAUAAUUGAACUUUUUGGUCCCACUUUAGUUGGUCUUUUUCUACCUUCCCCAAAAUGACACUGGACAAGCCCCAGAGAAACAGGUGUGAACUCGUUGCGUUCAGCUGCGGGUUAAUAUGUAGGUGGAAAGAGCGAGGACAAAUGUAUGAGCAAAAUAGCAAGAGGUUUACCAGUUGACAGAACCGGAUUUCUCCCUUUUAGUCGAAAUGUAGCACGUCUCGUGGCUGCGAUGCAUUCUGGUUGUCGGACAGAUUUUCUACCUGCUUGUCUGUUGACGCUGUUACCAAAUUAAGCUUUUGCUCUUCGAUUCCUGAGGGACUGACACCAAAACAUAUCGUCAAUGUUUUAAUUACUUGAAAAAUUUUUUCCGCUCUCAGAUCCAGCUCCAGUUUGGAAAUACCUGUGAUGCCACAUCUGACUCUUGCCAGUUGUCCCUGAGAAUAAGGAAAAUACACUAAACAACUAAGCUGACUUAGGAAUGGAAGGUAUACCAACGCCAACACAGGAUUUUUAAACAGUGAAGAAGUGUUUCAGGGUGGAUUUUUUUUUUUCAACCAAGUUGAUCAUUUUUCUAUAAUUUUAGUCACUUUUUCAGCAAAUUGCCAAAAAACAGUUUAUUCUACCCUUUCAGUUGUGAACAUUUGCUGGUUUUCAUGGUCUUCUAUAAAAGUGAAUGUGCCUGAGGUGCAAGGCUGCAGGUCACGAGAGCUGCUCAUUUAAAAAAAUUAUACGCUGAAAGUAUUUCUGCGUAUAAUGUUGGAGCUAUAACCUGAAUAUGAGAUCUGAGCAGAAUAAACUAUAAUAUGCUAAAUAUUCAUUUAUCUAUAUUUUGAAACUUACUCCCGGUCGUGUGAUAGAAAUCACCGUACAGACCACGGAUAGAGAAAUCAAAUCAUUUCAUUUUAAAUCAUGUUGAAGCAAAUUCUGUUAAAACUUUUGGGGGUGUGCGAACUUUCUCCCAGCACUGCUGUUUUGGCGCCGUGUUUUCCCGCCGAGGUUGGCUCUGAGCUCCUGCACCGACUCUCACCUCGACCUGUCAACCCAGCCGAGGGUCAGAAACACCCGUGUUAUCAAGUGCAUGCAGUCAAUGUCAGUGUCUUCUGUAAAUACUGUAACCUGUGUCUGAAGUGUCUCAAGUGUCUGUUGAAGGUGUAUCUCUGUAUGUGCAUGACUGUCGGUGCUCUCUGCUCACUCGGGGUUCGGAGGUUGCAGGGAGGGAGCUCAGCAGGCAGAGAGGUGGCUGCUUCGUCACGAACGCGUCAGGCGCAGGCGGUGGGGGCCCCUCUCCUGCUUCCUCUUAACCCUCUUGCCAAAGCCAUAGAACUCCACAGAGGUGAACCAGACAGUUCAAUAUAGACGCUUUUCCCUGUUCCCACAUGGAAACACAAGAUCAAACGGGCAUUUUUUUUGGCAGAAAUAUGUCUACCAUGUUGGAUUCGGUUUGUUCCUGUCAUUGUUUCUGCACUGUACCUGUCAUCCAUUCCAGUGAAAGGACAAGGAGGGCUGUAGGUUUGUGCAAGAGUGCCACCUAGAGGUGAAGAGAGAUCAGUCGUUCGUGCUCUUGUCCCAUCACAGUAUGUGUGUAUUUGUCACUCUCUAAGCACUAUGGGAAUGUGAAGUCCGGCAGGACUCUCGCAGCAUUAUAUUCACAAUGUCUGGAAAUUGUUGAUAUUAAAUGUUAAAAUAUGAGGAUUUUUAUGUAUAAUGUAUAGUUUGACUUUGUUCUAACAACACUGCGGCUAGAGCAGCACUUGUAAGUGAACACAUAUUUAAACAGUGUAUUUAUAGGAUUAGAUUUCUUGCCUAUGGCAGAAAAAGUCCUUUUUAACCUGUAAAAGGUUUCUUUCACAGAUAAUUUGUCAAUAUUUCAUUUUGGAGACGGAGUAAAAAGCACUUUGUGCGAACACAGUCUUCGAAACCUUGUAGGUCACACUGGUUUUAAUUUUUUUUAAUCUGAAAAAGUCACACUGACUACGGUUAGUUUCGUUCUUUUUUUUAAUCUGACAACCUUGCAGCAUCAGCCAUGUAGUGGUUAACUGGAAAAAGGGUUUUUGUUUAUUUGUUCUUUCAGAGGAACUCUGUCUUUCAAGUUUUACUCUCAUUUGCGUAUGUUUGUCGGGAUUUCAGUUUCAGUUACUGCGGUUACAGGUGUACUGUAAUCAAACUGUCCCCCGCCCCCUGCAAGACCGGUUGCAUGUCUCGAUUGCUGAAGUAGUAGAGUUUUAUUUUGGAGGGGAACCGCACACUGUCUCUUCAGUGGCAUGGUGGUUGGAUCCCGCGUUUCUAUUUAUGUAACUUUGUACAAAGCCAAUAAGCAUAUCUAUUAGACAAGCACAUACUAUACAUACUUUGCAUGUACAAUAUUUAAACAUGUAGACUAGAGAAAGACUUUAAGUUGUACUAUUUAUUAGAGGCAUAAUAAUUAUGAAACUGUAAAUAUGGAAAUCUGUACAAAAGUCAAAGGAUUAAGCAU